CAUCCAGACAUAAGUCAAAAAGACGUUUUUUCUUCUAGACACAUUUCGACCUUUUACUCGGAAAAUUCCAGUCAGUAUCAAACAUGAGUCCCUUGCUCAGAAUUCUAGUGAUUUUUUUCAUUUUCGGCACCCUAAUUUGCAAAACUCCAAAACCCAAAAAGCCAGAAAAGACUUCAGACGACGAUGAUUAUUCCAGAAUGGACGACUUCUACGAUUCUUCUAGACCGCCUCCCAUCCAACUAGAGGAUAACCCCAAGGAAUGCGCCCAUUCUAGCGUCCGACCACAGAUCAGAAAUCUCAUGAAGAAGUUCUUAGUGACCAAUGAUCAACUCAGGGAAUAUGAAAGAAGGCUCAUUAUCGAUCUGAGGAAAGGGCUGAACAAGCAGACCCACAACACUUCCAUCGUUAAAUGCUUCGUGACCUACAUCCAAGACUUACCUACUGGAAAAGAAACCGGCACCUAUCUGGCCGUUGACCUUGGCGGCACCAACUUCAGGGUGCUAAUGGUGGAGCUUGGGGGCGCUGACCACCUGAAGAUGACGUCCAUGCAGUUCGCGGUGCCACAGGAGAAGAUGUUGGGCACCGGCGAAAACCUGUUCUCCUACCUGGCCGACUGUGUCCAGAUGUUCGUCGAUAAGUACAACCUCAAGACUGGAUCUUACUCCAUGGGCUUCACCUUCAGCUUCCCCCUGGGACAGAAGAGUCUGAACAAGGCCUUGAUAGAGAGAUGGACCAAGGGUUUCAACUGCACCGACGUGGUGGGACACGACGUUGGUAAACUGCUGCAGGACGCCAUUGUGAGGAAGGGGAUGAAAAACAUCAAGAUAAAAGUAGUGAUCAACGACACCACAGGAACUCUGAUAUCGGGAGCCUGGAAGAACCCCGAAUGCAAAAUAGGCCUGAUCAUCGGUACCGGUACCAAUGCCUGCUACGUCGAGAAACAGAAAUGCGCCCAGUUGUUCGACGUCAAGAACCGCGGCUCCGGCAACGUUCUCAUCAAUACCGAGUGGGGCGCUUUCGGCGACGACGGCAGCCUCGACUUCAUCAGGACCAAGUUCGACUUGGAGCUAGACGCGCAAACUAUCAACCCAGGCAGACAGGUGCAUGAGAAAAUGAUAUCCGGUAUGUAUAUGGGUGAAAUAGUUCGAGUUCUCCUGGUCCAAGCUGUAAGAGAUGGUCAACUGUUUGGUGGUAAAGGUUCCAAUUCCCUCUUCACCAGAAACAUGUUCCUGACCAAGUACGUGUCGCAGAUAGAAGCACAGCGAACUGGGUCCCAUGGGAAGUGCAUGCAGAUAUUUGGAGAACUGGGUUUGCCACAUAUAACUGAUGAGGACUGUCUAAACGUGAGAUAUAUCUGCGAGUGCGUUUCUUCCAGAGCAGCCUACAUGGUUUCAGCAGGAAUAUGUGGUCUUAUCAAGAAAAUGGGAGAGAAGAAUGUGGCCGUUGGUAUCGAUGGCUCGGUAUAUCUCCAUCAUCCUCACGUGCAUCGACUGAUGAUGGAAAAGAUCCAAGAGCUUAUUAUUCCAGGUGUUCAGUUCCAACUGAUGGUGUCUAUAGAUGGUAGUGGAAGAGGAGCAGCCCUGGCUGCGGCAGUUGCUGCUAAAUACGAAUGAGAAUGUCGUCUAUUCAAUUUAAAAUGUAAAAAUCACGAUGGUGACGCUUGUAAAGAUGUUUAUGAAUAAAAAGUAAAGUUGA